UGAGAGCAAAACGAAUGAAACAGCAAGAUCCAAAGGCACAUAGUAAGUUGAGAUAUGCUUCUAGAGGCAGUUCUGGUGGCAAGGGGUCAUCACCUGUCAAGCGAAAACCCUUCAUUGCAUCCGGUCUAAGUAGCUCUAGUCAGAGUGAGAGUGAAAGUAGGCCUAACAGUGAAGAUGAGGGGUCGACUGGGGAUGACAGAAUGGCUGAUAGUGAGGAUGAGACAGGGACAUGGGGGCCAGAUGGACCAACAUUCAAUGAUAUUAAAGAAAUUACUACCAGAAGGUCAAAACUCGCAAAAUGGUUUAUGGAGCCAUUUUUUGAGGAGUUGAUUGUGGGUUGUUUUGUAAGAGUUGGUAUUGGAAGGUCGAAAAGUGGCCCUAUCUACAGGCUCUUCAUGGUCAGAAAUGUUGAUGCUACAGAUCCUGAUCGGACAUACAAAUUAGAGAACAGGGCAACAUAUAAGUACUUGAAUGUUGUUUGGGGAAAUGAAAGUUCUGCUGCCAGGUGGCAGAUGGAUAUUAUUUCAGACUCCCCACCACAAGAGGAAGAGUUUAGACAAUGGGUUAGGGAGGUGGAGCGAAGUGGAUGCCGGAUGCCAAGCAAGCAAGAUGUGUUGGAAAAGAAAGAAGCAUUACAGAAGGUCAGAACUUUUGUUUAUUCAGCAGCUACUGUAAAGCAGAUGUUGCAGGAGAAAAAAUCAUCCUCAUCUAAACAUUUGAAUGUUGCUGCUGAGAAGGACCGAUUGAGAAGGGACCUGGAAAUUGCACAAAGCAAGCAUGAUGAGGCAGAUGUUGAGAGGAUUAAGAAGAGACUGCAUCAACUGGAGGCUUCCCGGCAGUCACAGGAGAAAGAUGUCAAGGCUAUUAGGUUGGCUGAGAUGAACAGAAAGAACAGAGUUGAGAAUUUCAAGAAUGCAUCAGGAUUAAAACCCGUAAACACAUCUUUUAAAGCAGGGGAGGCCGGCUAUGAUCCUUUUUCAAGAAGGUGGACUAGAUCAAGGAAUUACUAUAAUGCGAAGGCUCCUGGAGGAGAUACAACGGCGGCAACUAAUGAUGACACAAAUGGCAAUGGAAAUGCAAAUGCAAUUACUGAGAGCAACGGGCGACAAAUGGCUAAGGCAGAAAACCCUAACGGGGUUCAGGCCUGA